AUGAUGGGCAUCUUUCGGGAGUGUUUGUCGCACCAGUUGUGGGCAGAUACAGAUACCAAUCCCAGCAGAAAUGUCGUGAGGAAAACUACAUCAGGGCCAAGACCAAUAAACAGUCUGCACGAACAACUGCCAAAAGCGUUCUCUACUUCAUUUUUUUCCUGCAACAAGAAACACGACAGAAGAAGUACAACAACAAGUAGGACGAGCCUAUCAUCUUCAGAAGUAUCAACACUAAGGGUUACCACAUUGCAUUCUUCACGACCAUCCUUGGCUUUUUUUCCAGUAGGAAAAGGGUCAGGGAUGAUCUGAAGAAUGCAAUGUCGCAACCUCUAACAACAAGAAGAACAACAUCCUUUUGUUGCCUCCUUAAAAACAAGCAUUGCUGCAACGAAAAAAAUGAGGAUAGUGCACACUGCGCGCAACGCAAUGGACAGGUGAUAGCCAACGUCUACUGCUUACAACAUCCGAAUUGUUCUGACAGGGAACGGGACCAAGAAUGCCCGGAAGGAAUGAAUGUCCAGGGGGGAUGAACGCAUGAGCUUCAGGUUCUGCAAGACGAGGCAAGUUUGAAAGCAACGAGCAUUUAUUAUGAGUGAUACAACUCAGGUGUUGAAGAAGAAGAAUCGAAUGCGCAGGUACUGGUAAGUAU